AUGACUCUGAGUCACUGUCUCUCCACACCCUCCCUAGAAGACAAUAUUUGGAGGCACCACAGUUUCAGCAGAAACGAAACUAACCAGUGCCAUCCUGCUUUGGUGCUGCCAGCCUCUCCUUUAUCCUCCAGUAUGGAAGAAAUGGGUGAAGAGCCUGGUAGCCAGUGUCCAGAUUUCAGCACCGCUGGACCCCCAGACGUGGAGUGUGAUGCGUGUGUUGGAAGGAAGCGUAAAGCCGAGCAGUCCUGUUUGGAGUGUGUGGCUUCGUAUUGUGAAGCACAUCUGGAUCUGCACAACACUCUGCACGCUGGGAAGAGACAUAAGCUGGUGGAGGCGACGGAGAGGCUGCAGGAGAGAACCUGCCCCGAGCACGGAAAACUGCUGGAGGUCUUCUGCCGCACGGAUCAGCGGUGUAUCUGUCACCUGUGCAUCACUGAUACACACAGGACUCAUGAUGUCAUCUCCAUUGAGGUCGAGGUGGCUGAGAAGAAAAUUCAGCUGGAGAAAAUGCAAAGGAAGACGACUGAGAGAAUUCAGACCCGGGAAAUGAAAUGGCAAGAGUUGAGACGAGCUGUUGAGACUUUCAAGAUGUCAGCAGAGGAGGCAGUGGCAGAGAAUGACCGACUCUUUACUGAGCUAAUACACUCCAUGGAAAAGAGACAGUGUGCAGUGAAGGGUCUGAUAUUGGCUCAAAAGGAGGCUGUAAUAAAGCAGGUUGAAGAACUCAUAGAGAACGUUCAACAGCAGAUCACUGAGCUGAAGAAGAGACAUGAUGAACUACAGCACCUGGAGCAGCUCUUUCAAGAGCACAACAACAUACAAUUUCUAGAAAGUGUGUGUUCCAUCUCCCAACUUACAAAGGCCGUCCAGAUCCCUGUUCUGUUAGUCCACCCAUACUGUUCAUUUGAGCCUGCUACUGAUGCUGUCUCAGAGCUUCUGAAAGAACUGAACUUAAACUGCCAGUGGCAAUUCAUCACAAUCUCCGAAAGAGUAAAAAACACUGGUAUUGUAUCUUCACCACUACCAAGAACACGCCAGGAGCUCUUAAAAUACGCAUCCAAGCUUACUCUGGACCCAAACACAGUACAUGACAACAUCCGUCUGAGUUUGGAUAACAUGCUGCUGACAGCUGUCCGCGAGUCAGAGUACUACCCUUUCCAUUCUCAAAGGUUCGAGAGAAGGUUACAGGCAUUAUGCCAAGAGGGUCUGAGGGGGUCUCCGCGAUACUGGGAGGUGAAAUGUGGUACCAAAGGAAGGUGGGUGUCCAUUGCCGUCUCCUACAAAGGGAUACGCAGGACUGGAAAGCAUGCUCCUCUUUUUGGAAGAUGCCAAAGCUCAUGGGCCUUGCGCAAAUAUGGGUCCUACUAUGCAUUCUGGCAUGGUAAUAAGGAAACAUACAUCAGCAGCUCGUUGCAUGGUUCCACAAUAGGAGUGUAUCUGGAUCACGGUGCUGGCGUAUUAGCCUUCUACAAUGUCUCAGACAACACAAGCCUCAUUCACAAGGUCCAGACCAAGUUUACUGAGCCUGUUUAUGCUGGGUUUGGACUGGUAGGGAUAGGCUCUCAAAUCAAACUGUGUGAUUUAGAUUCACAAGACUAGGGACAAAAGUUGGGAGAGUAGGGAAAAUGCAAAAGACCCCCAAAAAGUCAGUGAUGUGUAAACUGUCUUUUACAGGUAUUUAAUUGAAAACAGCACAGAGAUGUAAUAUUUGUUGAUUUUUGUAAGUAUACGCUA